CAAACUGAACCGGAGAAAUGCGUGUGCGCGCGGAUACACAGCAGCAGCAGCAGCGCCCCCUGCUGUUUCUGCUCUUACUACUACAACUUCUACUACAGCACGGAGAGGGAAUAUACUGGCUUGGUCUAGCUUCCCGUGGCAUUCCUGUGAGUUGGAAUCACACUCAACACUGCAAGCUCCUCCACACUCUGGCUCCAGAUCAGCAGCAGCUCUGUCGGAGAAACCUGGAGCUGAUGGGCAGCGUGGUUCAGGCGGCCGAACUGACUAAAGCAGCCUGCCAGAGUACCUUUAAAGACAUGCGAUGGAACUGCUCAUCCAUACAGAGUGCACCGAACUUCAGCCCAGACCUGGCCAAGGGUACACGUGAAUCUGCAUUUGUGUUUUCUCUCUCUGCGGCUGUGUUAAGUCACUCUAUCGCUCGCUCUUGUGCAUCCGGUGCUCUGCCCAGCUGCUCCUGUGCUCCGGCCCCGGCUGAGCAGGCCUCAUCUGAUUUUCGGUGGGGGGGCUGUGGAGAUAACGUUCAUUAUGGAAUGCAGAUGGGCUCUGCCUUCUCUGAUGCCACACUCAAUAGCAGGCGCUCUGGAUCCCCAUCUAUCAGACUGAUGCACCUGCACAACAACGCAGUUGGCAGACAGGCGGUACUGGACUCCUUAGAGACAAGGUGUAAGUGUCACGGCGUCUCCGGCUCAUGCUCUGUGAAGACAUGUUGGAAGUCCCUGCUGGAUGUGGGUCAAAUUUCAGCUCAGCUGAAAGCCCGCUACCUUUCAGCCACCAAGGUGGUCCCACGGCAGAUGGGGUCACGCAGGCAGUUGGUUCCCCGGGAGAUGGAGGUGAGACCGGUCCUGGAGAAUGAACUCGUCUACUUAAUCAGCUCACCUGACUACUGCUCGUACAAUACCAAGCAUGGAUCAUACGGAACCACUGACAGACAGUGCAAUAAGACAGCCACUGGCAGCAGUAGCUGUGGUUUGAUGUGCUGCGGCCGUGGAUACAACACGUACACAGAGCAGGUGGAGGAACGCUGCAACUGCCGCUAUCACUGGUGCUGCUACGUCACCUGCAAGAAAUGCCAACACACAGUGGAGAGACAUGUCUGCAAGUGAGACUUGCAGAAAGACUGAGAGAAAAGGAGAGAUUCCAGUCCCCUAUUCUGUAUCUUUUUGUCAUUGUCACACUCCUGAACUUUGUAGCUUGUAGUGCUUACCUUAUAAAAUAAGUGUGGGCUUUGCUUUGUUUGGAAAAUGGAACAAGAGUCAAACUCCCUUAUGCUUGCAGACAGAGAGCCAGGUCGAAACAUCAGGCUAGUAAUUAGCAUGUGCUAAUUUGCUAAGUUAGCUAAACUUCUUAAUAGCCUAGUAAAACAUGGCUAGUUUGCAGACUGCUCUGCUCAAGCUAAUAAUAUUUAAAAUGACUUCACCUCAUUAAAACAAAACUAUAACUAUAGCAGGCUGCUUAGCUUUUAUAUAAGCUAACAUUUGUAAGUAAUUUGUUAGGACAUCAGCUAUGCUUGAGUGUUGGAAUACUUUUCAAUACAUUUUAAAGGGGAGGUCUUGAUGUACAUUUCUGUUCUGGAAGCACUGGAUAUAUUCAGACGAGGACUCUACGUCUGAGGAGGGUGCCGAUGUGGAAGCCGCUGUGUGUUUGCUAUCGAGAGGAAUUUCCCACAGGGGUGAAGAGUGAAGCACUGAGAAGAGAAGGAGGGAGAGCAAGUGAUGAAAGGAAAGAUUCCUGAGUGAAUAGAGUGAACAAUGGGAUGAGCACAAGACAAUGGGCCAAGGUGUCAGACUGAAACUCCAGAGGUGGAAACAACAAGGACCCAAAUACUGAUUAACCUGCUUCAGGAACCUCAGGGAGAGAGAAAAAGAAAAAGAGAGAUGAAGGGGGAAGGGUAGCAUUGUGUGUUACUCUUUUUUAUUUAUUUAAUAGAGAUUAUUCUUUCUUAAAGUGAUAGUUGAGCUACAAAACGUCUGAUCCCAAACUGAGCUGUAAGGAUAAUGUAGCAAACAAUUAAUAGAUUAAGUAGUUAUUCCCUACCAGUUAGCACCUGAGCUACAUGGCUAAUGCAGCUAACAUAUAAUAGAAGCAUAUACCCCACUGAUUAGCACGGUGUUAUCUGCACUACAUCAUCAUUUUUAAAAUUGCUGUUGUGGUUCCUGACACUGUAUGACCGUAACAGUGUAAUAGAAAACACUGUUAUCUAUAGACAUGGAUUAAAGUAUAAAUCAGAGCUCAACACAGUAGCAGCAUGAACUUUUCUUCAUGUUUAUAGAAAACAGUGAUUCAUACAGUGUCAGAAACGGCAUAAACAAGUCUAUAGCAUGUUAUUUAGAGGGAUCAGAACCAUAUAACGCUGGAACACAAAAAAAUAACCUGUCACCAGUCCUGUUGUUUCACUUUAAAUGCAAAAGAAGCUACAGUUGUUUUUACUGGUCAACUACAUUUAGGUUAAGAGUGAUGGGGGUCUAAGAUCUUUUUGCUUAAGUAUCACUUUAACUGUAGCUAAUUGUAAAUAUAAAAUAACAGAUUUAUUGUACAUUUUGCUGUAAAAUAUGUAAGUGUAUUUAUUUUAUACAUAUAUAUAUAUAUAUAUAAAGUUUGUUUGUCUCA